GUUUUAGAGAUCUUUUUUCUUCUCACUUUUAGAUCGUUUUCGUUUCCCCCUCUCUAUCGAGGGUUUUCUUACCUUUUUUUCCCUCUUUUUUUUUUCUUCUUUCCUUUCCAUUUUCUUUUCCUUUUCCGUAAAAUUUCCCAUUUCAAUUUUCUCGAUUCGUAUUUCUUUCUUUCUGGUUCUCGUCGCCUGCGAACGGAACCCUAAUCCUUAGAGGCGAGACAUGAUGCAGCAACAGCAGAGGCUUAAGCAACAACAGGUGAUGAGCAUGAUGCAAUACCACCCUGCUUUUCUAGCUACUCCGCAGAUAGAGCCUAUCUUGAGUGGAAAUCUGCCUCCCGGCUUUGAUUCAAGUACAUGCCGCAGUGUGUACGUGGGGAACAUCCAUCCCUCGGUUACAGAACCCCUUCUUCAGCAGGUUUUUUCGAGUACAGGACCUAUUGAAGGAUGUAAGCUCAUUAGGAAAGAGAAGUCAUCCUAUGGCUUUGUGGACUACUUCGACCGUAGAUCUGCUGCGCAUGCUAUUUUGACCCUUAAUGGAAGGCCUGUCUUUGGACAACCUAUCAAAGUUAAUUGGGCAUAUGCUAGCAGUCAGCGAGAGGAUACUUCAGGUCACCACAAUGUUUUUGUUGGUGAUCUUAGCCCGGAAGUUACAGAUGCUACCUUAUAUGCGUACUUCUCCAGUUAUCCUACUUGCUCAGAUGCAAGAGUUAUGUGGGACCAGAAGACUGGCCGUUCAAGGGGGUUUGGUUUUGUUUCUUUCAGGAACCAGCAGGAUGCUCAAAGUGCCAUUAAUGAUUUGAACGGUAAGUGGCUCGGAAGCAGACAAAUCAGGUGUAAUUGGGCCACAAAAGGAGCCAACUCUAAUGAUGAGAAACAGAGCUCUGAUGCCAAAAGUGUUGUGGAGCUAACAAACGGUUCCGGUGAGCUCUUAGGUUAUGAUGAUGGACAGGACAAGAAAAGUGAUGAUGCCCCAGAGAAUAAUCCUCAGUAUACAACUGUUUAUGUCGGCAAUCUUGCUCCAGAGGUUACAUCUGUUGAUCUUCAUCGGCAUUUCCAUUUGCUUGGAGCUGGUACUAUUGAAGAUGUGAGAGUGCAGCGAGAUAAGGGUUUUGGGUUUGUGAGGUACAGUACACAUGCUGAAGCGGCUUUCGCAAUCCAAAUGGGAAAUGCACGGAUCCUGUGUGGCAAACCAAUCAAGUGUUCAUGGGGUAGCAAGCCCACUCCACCAGGGACAAGUUCUGCUCCUCUUCCCCCGCCAGCAGCUGCACAAAUUCCAGGGUUUUCAGCAGCUGACCUUAUGAAUUACGAGCGGCAGAUGGCUUUGAGCAAGAUGGGGAGCAUGCAAGCGGCCCUGAUGCAGCAUCAUGCUGCUCAGGGUCAGCAUGCCAUGAGACACGCAGCAGCCAUGGGAAUGGGCGCUGCUGUUGGAUCUAGCCAGGCUAUCUAUGAUGGUGGGUUCCCAAGCGUGGCGACUACUCAGCAGCAACUAAUGUACUAUCACUAAAUCGAAGCAAGAAGCUGUGCUUUGAUGUUUAAACUUGGGGGACUCCCCAUGGCCAUGCCCACCUCUACUGGAUGUGUGUACUACUACUACCUAAACCGUGGUACGGGGAGAGUGUAGUAUUUCGGAAGUAGUGUCUGAUAAGUCCCGGCUCCCUUUGAUAGUGGGGACGGGUUGAAACACAUACUGCUGGUGUGACUCUCGCCUGUAUCUUUUCUUUUUUUGCUUCCACCGUCUUUUGUUUGAUUACUUACAGUUGGUGUUUGUCAGAACAGUUGUUUUGCAUUUUCUUUUCGCACUAUUUCAACUUUGUUUAUGAGCAAGUUACUUGGAUGAGUGUUGUACAUCUAUUUUUUACAGUGAGGUAAACGAGGGCUACAAUUUUUAGAGGGA